AUGGCCAAAGAUAACUCUCUUAGGAUACCUGAAAAGAAUAUUCACGGAGUAGGGGAUUUUAAAGAUAAUAAAGCAGAUUCUAGUGUGGGCAACCAUGUUAGAGAGCCAGCAAACAAUUCUAGAAAUUUUAUUUCAGGAGACAACACAGAGAGGGCCCCAUCGCCAUUUGGCCCUUCAGCUGCUGUGGAUUCAAUGCCAGGAAAGAGCCGUAAUAUCAUGUCAGAACCUCAAGAUUUUGGAACUGCAAUUUUGGAUGCACCGUUAGAUACAUCCUCUGGAAAGAGUAGUCGUGGUUCUCCAGCAAGAACAAAUGAAACAUUUACGGACAAUAUCUCUCAUCAUCAAAGUAGGAGGUCGGCGUCUAAUGGCAUCCUCAGUUCAAUUUUAAACGCGGCACAUAAUGCAAUGUCAUUCAACCUGGAAGAAGAUCAAACUUCUGGGAAGAAAGAGCAUACAUUCUCGCUGAAGUUGGAUUCAUUGUUGAAGCCAAAAUCUGAAAAGACAAUUCCAGCUCCUCCAAAUGCCUCUGAGGAUGAUUCUAAAGCUGAAGAUAAUGAACUCAAAUCCUCGGCAUCAAAUGUUCAAUUCGAAUCGGUGCGAGAAUCGCCUAUAAACACUUUGGGUUAUGGAGAUCUUUCGCUUGAUCAUUUCGAUCAAGAGCGCAAUCUCAAGAAGAAUGGUUCUAUAAGACAUAGCAGAAAGAACCUUUCAUCUCCAAAUCGUUCUACGGAAAACCUUCACGAUCAAAAGAGGUCUGUAAGCCCUGAUAUUGUGAAUCGCCAGAUGCCUCCAAAUAACCAAUUGGCUGUAUCUGGAAACGGUGAUUCCAAGAGAAUACAUAGGCUGUCUGUGACUGGGGCAUUAGAUAGAAUCAAGAGCCAAAAUACUGACAAAAUCGCUGAUUCUGAGAGUGACCCUAGUAUGGUUCUUAGCGAUGUUGACGACCAAGUCGAAGAUUUUGAUUACUCUAAUAUCCAAUUUGCUUCAGAUAAGCGAAACAAAGAAUUCCACCAGAUUUUCAAGCAAUUGCCUUCCAAUGAGAAACUCAUUGAGGAUUAUAGUUGUGCGAUUUCAAAAGAUAUAUUGGUUCAAGGGAGGAUGUAUUUGAGUGAGCAUUUUAUUUGCUUUAAUUCAAACAUUCUAGGUUGGGUAACAAAUUUGAUGAUACCAUUACAAGAAGUUAUCCAGAUAGAGAAAAAGUUUACGGCGGUGCUAUUUCCUAACGGGAUAGUUAUAAGAACAUUGCACCAUAAAUAUGUAUUUGCUACUCUUUUGAGUAGGGAUACAAGCUUUGGUAUGAUAACAAAUGUUUGGCACAAUGUUUUAGGAGAGAAUACUGACUCUGAAAUAAAUAAGGUUAUAUCUUCCAAAAAGAGAAAAAGGGGAGAAUCGAGGUCAACUGUAUCGAAAUCCAUUUCAAAUGAUCUUGAUAGCGAAACUGAGAGUCAAGAAAGUGAUGAUACUGAUACAGUAAGCUCUUUAUCGCUCGAUAUGGAUGAUACUAAUAAUGCGGAUGACGUUGACGUUGACGAAGAUACAGCUGAUAUCGACGAUGAAGAUGACGAUGAUGAUGAGAAUAAUGAUGACGAAGCUUUUGCUGCUAAUGAUUCCAGUAAUAUCCGUGAUAAGGACAAAGGCGAGUCUGGAGCAAAAGAGAACGGCAAGGGUACCUUCAAUGGAUUACCGUUAUUGGGCCCCCAAUUUCAUGCUCCAACAACUAUCGACUAUCAAAAACAAUCUAAUGAAACUGUUGUUAGUGACGAAAUACUAAAGGCUCCCGUCGGUGCUAUUUUCUCGAUUCUUUUUGGUGCCGAUAAAUCCAAAUACAUUAAAAUUCUAAAAAACCAAAAAAAUUACGAUAUUUCGGAGAGCAACAUUUCUGAGCUAUCUAUGAAAAAAAAAGAGAGAAAUUAUACAUAUAUAAAGCCUUUGUAUGGUCCAAUAGGUCCGAAACUGACUAAAUGUUUAAUAACAGACAAACUCCUACACUUUGAUCUUGAUGAUUAUAUACUAGUUGAGCAAUCUACAUCCACACCUGAUGUCCCAAGUGGAAAUGUGUUUAAAGUUAGAACAAAAAUUUACUUGACCUGGGCAGAAAACAACAGCUCUAGAAUGUACGUUUUGACUACUGUUGAAUGGUCUGGAAAGUCUUGGAUUAAAGGUGCAAUUGAGAAAGGUAGUAUUGAAGGUCAAAAAGAUUCCAUGAAAAUUAUGAUCGACUCGUUAAAUGAUCUCAUAAAUAGCACAGGAAAUGGAACAUCUAAAUCAAUCAAGAAAAAGUCUAAGAGAAAAAAGAGCUUUAAAGCUGAUUCUGCGCCUCAGUUGAAAGCACCAGAAAACCCUCAAGACCUACCAAUUACCACUCAAUUAUCUAACUUGAUGGAAAAGAUUGGUGAGUUGAUAUCUAUUCCAUACGUUAGUAAUCGUAUGACGGGAAUUUUUAUUCUGAUGCUAGCAUUUAUUGUCAUUCUUAAGAUGAAUACAUUCCUCUUUGGAUCCGGCAAUUCAAACGUAAGUAUACUUCCGGAGAGUCAUACCAUAUCUAACAUCGAGAUAAACAACCAUAAGUACAUGGUUGUGUCAUCCGUGGAUGCAAACUUUGCGAAUGUUGAUGCGAGACUUGAGAGUGAGGCUAAUAUAUGGGAUUGGGUAAGGAAUACAAGUGAUGGAAAACUUCAGAUAUCGAGUGAAUCUUCUUCCCAUCUCAAGAGAUAUUCUAAUCAAGAGAUUGAGGAAAUUGUUCGUCUUACACAAAUGAAGCUAGACGAACUAAGCAAUAACUACAAUCUUCAGUUUUAG